UGAAAUUAACCUAAAAUACUUCACUCUAGUAUAUUGUCUUCAGUAAUCUAGACAUUUCUUUUUUUUUCAAGGGUACAACUUUAAGGGCAAGAGGAGAACCUUUUAAAAGAUGAAGAUUGCACUUUUAUUAAUCUGUUUCUUGGCAGUAGCCCUUGCAUUCCCAACGCACAGGCACCGGAAAGUUCGGUCUGCCAGUUCGGAGGAGCAAGAGGCAAAAGAAAAUACAGAAAAAGAGGAAAGUGAUGACACUUCAGAUGAGAAUGGAGAUACCUCAGACAAUAGUGACUCGAGCAACUCUGAUGAAUCAGAGGAAAGUAAUGGCAAUGCAGAGGAACCUGUCAAUGGAGCUGAUGAAAAUGGUGGAAAUGAAGCUGAUGAAAAUGGUGGAAAUGAAGCUGAUGAAAAUGGUGGAGAUGAAGCUGAUGAAAAUGGAAAUGGUGAUGAUGGCAACGGAGAAGAAGGAACUGGCAAUGAGGGGGAAGUGUCCGGAAAAAGUGGUUUGCAGUUCAAUGGGGACCAUGGAGACAAUGGGGACAAUGGAGUUGUUGACAGUGGUGACAAUGGAUAUGAUGUCAAUGGUAAUGAAAUUGCUGAAAAUGGAGACACUGGUGUUGACGUUGAAGAAGCUGGCAACAGUGAAAAUGAUUGGAAGGCUAAUGCCAAAAAUGGUGAUUAUUAUAAUGGGGGAGAUACCGAUGGCACUGCAAAUGAGCACUAUUACAAAAUUGGAGAUUAUGAUAAUGCUGAAGAUACUGGUGACAAUAGUGAGAAUACUAAUGUACAGAAUACUGGUGAUGGUGGAGAUUAUUAUAAUGAAGAACGUUAUGACAAUGGGGGAGAUGAUAAUGGUGAGGAUGGAGAUGACAAUGAAGCAGACAAAGGGGACCAGGGAUAUGAAAACAGUGAUAAUAAUGGAGGCUAUUAACAUGGAGAUGAUGAUUGAACAGCAAUGCUAUCAUCAAUGAUAAAAAUACCUAUGCAAAAAUAUGAUUUUGUCUGUACUCAAAUUAAUAAUGUAUUUCAGUGGUUUCAAUAAUACAUAAUAAGCUUAAGAUAUACUACGCCAAGAUUACAUUAUUUACAUAUAAUAUGCUUUGCACAAAGAAUGUUUUAAACAUGUUCUGUUUAAAUAUGAGAUUUUCCCUUUAAAAAGUGUAUUAUCUGUCACAUGUCAACAAAUAUAUAGUUCUGCACUAGAGAAGCUAGAGCAGCAUUUUAAUGUGGAAGAUUGAUGCAUUGACUGCAUACCUAUGUUUUAAAUAAAUUAGAAAUGUACAUAAAUAAACAAAUAGAAAUCAUGCCAACUGUAUAUUAUAUAUGUUUGAAAAACAAAGGGGCAUUUUUUUAUUUUUAUAAUUCAUUUGCUAUUUUAGAUAAUACAACUGCAUGUUUUUUUAUACUAUUGUAGACAAAAUAUGUUUAUUAGCAGUUGUUCUGAUAUCCCCACUUAUUUUAAACAAAAACAGAAAUCAAACACUACUGGCUACUUUAAUUACUAUGCUCAGAGUAUGCUUAUAUAUAGGGGGCACAGGUUGUUGCUUGGGGAGGUGCAUGGCCUAAUGUGCAAUCCUGCCUUAAAAUGUCAAUGUUAUCAGUCUAAAAACAUUCUGAAAAACAAAAAUUAUUUUUUUUUUAAUUUAUGUUAACCUCCUACUGCUGCAAGUAGUAACAUGAGCAUGCCCAGUGACAUAGUGGACCCCACAUUUACCAAUACCUUUGGAGAAAUUAUUUAAACGGUACUGUAAUUUCUUUUAAAUAAAUAGAGCACACUCUUGGUAAACCGCGGAAGCAUAUGGUAAAAAGACACCAAGGAAUAGUUGGGCACUGUGAGUGAAAGUAGGCCCUUUUCAAAUAACUGCCAAAUUAUCUAAUAAAAAGUAUAGUUAUCUUGUUUUGUUAAGAACAAAACAUUAAGAACAAAGAUCUGGCAUAAGGUUUAUUUGGUGUUAUACGUUGUGUAUUAUAGACAGUUGAUAUGAUUGUUGUAAUGGUUGAAUGUGUUCUUGCUGUCCCCUGGCUCCCUGGUAGGCCAAAUGUAAAAUAAAGGUUACUUUUUGAAAAAAAAAAACAUCCUCACAAACUUAUUUCAAGCUUACCAAUAAUAUGGCAAUGCACCCUGAAGCCAGUCACUGAAACCCUCCACCAUCAAAAGUGACAGACUAUCCUGUUUUA